AUGAUUUUCGAGGUUCAUAUCAGCUGUCGCAUACCCUCGCGCAAUCAUCGCGUUGCGUUUCCCGGUCGCCUUCCUCUCUUGCGCAUCGCCUAUCAGUCUCCUGUCGCCUUCGCGCUCUCUCUCCCGUCGCCUAACGCACUCUCUCUCCCGUCGCCUCCGCGCUCUCUCUCCCGUCGCCUCCGCGCUCUCUCUCCCGUCGCCUUUUCGCUCUCUCUCCCGUCGCCUUCGCGCUCUCUCUCCCAUCGCCUUCGCGCUCUCUCUCCCAUUGCCUUCGCGCAAUCUCCCCUCCCAUCCCGUCCACUUCAUCUCCUAUCGCUCACGUCCUCCCCUCCCAUCCCGUCGUUCGCUUCUUUUCCCCUCCCAUCCCGUCGUUCGCUUCCUUUCCCCUCCCAUCCCGUCGUUUGCUUCCUUUCCCCUCCCAUCCCGUCGUUCGCCUCCUCUCCCCUCCCAUCCCGUCGUUCGCCUCCUUUCCCCUCCCAUCCCGUCGUUCGCUUCCUUUCCCCUCCCAUCCCGUCGUUCGCUUCCUUUCCCCUCCCAUCCCGUCGUUCGCCUCCUCCCCCCUCCCAUCCCGUCGUUCGCCUCCUCUCCUCUCCCAUCCCGUCGUUCGCUUCCUUCCCCUCCCAUCCCGUCGGUCGCCUCCUCUCUCCCUCCCUUCCGUAG